UUUACUAAGUCAACUAUGUCGAGAGUUUUGAAGGUGUCGUCUGCCGAUGUGGGGCGCAAUGUCUACUUCACAGACCAUAAAUCAGACUGGUGGGAUCCUAAUUCAUGGUUUAAACCUUUAAUUGAGAUGAACAGUUUGAAUCUGCUCUACAUCCAGGAUGUUUUACGUGAGAAGGGUUUUGUGAAGGACGAGGGAGGUUUUCGGCUUUGUGAAGAUUUGCGUAUUUUAGACGUGGGAUGUGGAGGAGGGUUAAUUGCCGAACCACUGGCCAGAGCCGGCGCCAAUAUUUUAGGCAUAGACAUCAACAAAGAUUGCAUAGAGGCGGCCGAGGAGCAUGCGAAGCUCGACCCGUGCCUCAAAAAUCUAAAAUACAAAUGGGAAAGCAUCGAAGCGCACAGUUUGGAGAACGUCGAGCAGUACGACGUUGUGAUCCUCAACUUCGUUUUGCACCACGUCAAAAAUCACGACGAUCUCAUUCGGGACUGCCUCAAAACCUUAAAACCGGGAGGGGUGAUCUUUUUGAGUACAAUCUCAAAAAACUGGGGCACUUGGUUACGAUUUGUUCUUGUGGGCGAACAUAUCAUUCGAUAUGUUGCGCCCCAGUCCUUUGACUGGCAUAAAUUUAUAAACUUCGAGGACGUGCAACGUAUCUUGAAGCAAAAUAAGUGUGACGUAGAGAACUUCAGAGGGAUUUCCUGCGACUUAGUGUUGGCAUGGAUAAAAUGGUCAGAUGACACUAAUAAUGUAUACAUAAUGCACGCUAAUAAACAUCAAUAAACAUGUAAAGAAACAUAGAAAACGAGCUCCUGGCUAACUCGAUGCGCAUAUUGAAUUUCAUGCAAUUCGUUUCAUAACUCACGGAGAUCUCAAAAGGG